UGCCGAUGUCUGCAUGGCUCCCAUUGUUGGCGUCGCUCGUGACUUGCACUGCGACCAUCUACUACGUCUAUCAACUGCGUGCUGCUGAUAGUGAGUCCACACAGAAGAACGACCGCCCAGCUUCACGGGAAGUGCGAUGCACUACACAGCGACGCGUCAAAGUUAGCAGCUUGGCCCAAGCCGAUGUGCCCGAGGUGUUGCGGCCGUCGUACUACUUUCGCCAUAUCCGCGACUUCAAACACUACGACCUGUUUCAGAACUCCACGAAUGUCUUCGAUGUCCUCGACAGACUUCAUGGCUACGUCGAACGGUGGUUGGAUGGCUACACUCCGGACAAGUCCAUGACGACGGUGGUGACACCGUGCAAGGUCGGCGAGGUGAGCCUGACCUGCUCCGACGUGUCCGUGACGAAUGCAUGCACGAUCCUCAACUACAGCACCACCAGCCGUCGGCGAUUAUGCCUCGACGAGGGCGUCCGCAUCAUGGGCGGCAUCUUCGACGUCACCGACGGGUCCAUCUUCCUCGGCAAGAACGUCGUGGUAGAGCCCAACGUGUACAUCAAAGGCCCAGCCAUCAUCGGGGACGACACCGUGCUGCGCUUUGGGGCGUACCUUCGCGGCGACGUGGUCACAGGCAACAAUUGUGUCAUUCGAUGCGAGAUCAAGCACGCCGUGAUCAUGGACAAGGCCGAGCUGGGCCAUCCAGGUCCACCCCAUAUAUGUCCAGCCAAAAGCUCACUGCGUUAUGGGCAGGGUACUGCGGCGACAGUUUGAUCGGAUACAAAGGCCACUUUGCCAACCAAGUGUCGACUGCAAACCUGGCGCUGCUGGCCUCGUCGUCGCAGGUGGUGACCGUGAACGGUGUCGCGUACGACACUGGCCGACGUAAAAUUGGCGUCGUGCUGGGGGACGAAAGCCAACUCGGGUGCAAUGUCGCCACCGACCCCUGCACGUUGAUCGGAGUCCACACGGCAGUGUACCCCCUCACGAGACUCAAUAAGGGCGUGUACGGCCCCAACGAAAUCGUCAAGAACAAACCACUGGAACAUGGCAUCGUCGAACGCUGUCAAGUCCGGCCAGCGGUGGAAUAAAGUAGUAUACUAGUAGUACUAGUAACGUUAGUAGUACUAUUGUUGGCUUAACUGGUCAAUCCGGU